AACCUUCAAAAAUGGAAUCUUGAAACCCAAUCGGCCUCAAAACACUACUCGUAGGAGAUAGAACAGUGGGCAAGUAUUCACUGAUGGUGAGGUACUGACUGGGCGAGUUUAGGAGUAGGCGUUCUAUUACAGUAGGAGUGGAUUUUAUGACGAAGGAAGUUGAGAUGAAUCAGGAGGUGGUUAAGUUGCAGGUGUGGAAUACGAUGAGGAAGGAGGGAUUGGAGAGAGGGGUGUAUUCGUGGUAUUAUCCAAGAACAAGAGGUGUCGUGCUUAUGUACGAUAUUACCAACAGAGAUUCAUUCGAUAAUCUAAACGAGUGGAUCGAACAUCUUAACACUACUUGUAAAGAGCCUAUCUCUAUGAUCCUUUGUGGAACUAAGUCAGAUCUCGAAGACUCAAGACAAGUUUCUACUGAAGAAGGAAAAGAGUUAGCCAACACUUUGGGUGUGACCUUUUUCGAGAUAUCUAGUAAAGACAAUCAAAAUAUUGAUGAAUUAUUUACAGCAAUGAUUUUGCUAACUCAAGAUACAUCAGGCUAUACAUCUUAUGAAGGAGCAGACGAAGCUUCCUGAGUUUCUAUAUCUUUAAAGAAAGAUACUAAAGAAGCAAAGUUUAGUAAAUGCUUUUAA